GCGGUGACCUUCGAUCAUGUCCUCGAGGAACUCGGCCACUCGAUUCACCUCGUUUUGGCGAGCCCCGCGCUGAUUAGUGGCAGCAUCCGCGGCCGAUUUGACCAGAGCGAACAAAUCACCCCCAGCCCGUUGGGCACAUAUCGCCUGCCAGGCAAUGUGUGGGAUGUAGAAGAAAAUGCAUUGCAGACCCAGCACGAACGGCACCCACUGGUAGUAGUCUGUUCACGGUCACACCAUCACAAGCACACAAGCAUACACAUUCCCGUGUACACAGACAAAUGCAUCAACGCACAACAGCAGAUUCACAGGCACAGGCACAAGUCACACCGGGGUUGGCCCACUUUGACACAACACUGGCAACAGCAGAGCCGAACAACUCGACCAAGUGCCUCCGAGAUUGGCAGUUCUAGUCAGGUCGACUAUGCGGAUUUGGCUUCGAGACACUCGGCCGAUCGUCCUCUUCUCCGACAACCACUUCUGUGGGCCUACACCCCUUGCCUCUCGAGCAACUAA